AUGGGGAAAAGAAACGAAGCUCUGUUGCAGAUGUCGGAAGAAGGACAAAAUCAACCUGAAAUUGCCGACAAACGGACUAAACUUCAAGAAAUCAUGGAGAAGGAGGAUGAUGAUAGAGUCAGUGAGUUGCCUGAUUGUUUGCUUAUUGAAAUCCUCUCUCGAUUACCCUCAACAAAAUACGCCAUUAGAACAGCUCAACGUCUCAAAAACCCUAAGUCAAGGGACGAAUUCGCAUUAUUGGUUGACAAAACCCUAACUCAAUGUCGCCAAUUGAAGGUCAAGAAAUUCGAAGUGCAUACCCUUAAUGAUAUCCGAUUUGAAUCACUGUUUAACAAUUGGAUUCGUUAUGCUAUAAGUCGUAACGUUGAAGAGCUUAACUUGAACAUUUGGGGGAUGAAAGAUGAGCCUGAGUUUCUGUUAGAUCAAUUUGUAUUCAUGAAUUCAUGUUUUACUGAUCUGAGACUAACAGGAUGCAAGUUGAAUCCAACAGGAGCGAUUAGUUGGGAAAAUGUUAGGAGUUUGUGUAUUUCCAGGGUGAAUGUAGAUGAAGAGUUGAUUGUAAAUAUAGUAUCUGGGAGUCCUCUAUUGGAAACUUUGGUGUUGGAAAUUUGCCGGUGGCCAUAUAUUACUUCAUCUGAAUUUGGUCCUACUAGUUUAUCACUAACUCAAUGUCGCCAAUUGAAGCAGUUGAAGAAAUUCAAAGUGUCUACCAAUUAUGGUAUUCAAUUUCAACCGCAGCUCAACAAUUGUAUUCUCUAUGCUAUAAGAUGUAAUGUUAAAGAGCUUCACUUGAGGUUUUGUAAUAACAUAUAUGAUGAUGAGUUUAUGUUAGAUCAGAUUGUUUUCACCAGUUCAUGUUUUACUGAGCUGAGUGUAGGUGGGUUCAUGCUUAAUCCAGUAGGGGGGAUUAGUUGGAAAAGUCUUAGGAGUUUGUGUAUAUCCGAGUAUCGGAGUUUAGAUGAAGAUCUGAUUGAAAACAUAUUAUCUGGGACUCCUGUACUGGAAACUUUGGAAUUGAACCUUUGCUAUGGUUAUAGGCUGCUCAAUAUUACUUCAAAGAGUGUUAAAAACUUGGUGAUAUUUGGAUAUGAGGUUCCUUAUGGUAAAUCUGAAGCCGAUAUUAUUGAAAUCAAUGCUCCUAAUAUUUUAUCACUAACAAUGGGAGGUUGGAAUUUUUUGUGUAAGCCUUUGUUGCUGAAUGUGUCUUCUUUAGUCAAAGCUCACUUAGAUUAUUCUUGUACAAAGCCCGAGCAUCUCCAGACACCGCCUAAUGAAGUGGAAGAAGAGGUGCUUAAAAGAUGUAUAAUGAAUCUUCGCCAUGUCAAGGAGCUUCAACUUGGGCUUUUAUGUUCCAAGGUUCUUUUUUGUUUGGAGGCUAAAGGUUACGUUUCUCCAUCAAAUGUGAAAGCUUACCGGAUUCUAUGACCAUAGCCAUAACUAUUUCCAUCUCAUUUUCUGAUCUAUUUUAUAAAGUAGAGUAGACUUUGUUUAAUUAGGUUGUGGAUCAUAUCUUAUCAAUUGCUGUUUCAUGCUAUGGUGUUAUUAGCUGUUACUCCAAAGCAUCUAUAGUACUAGUUUUGAAGCUUCAUAUUUCUUAGUAAUAUCUCUCUCUCUCUCUCUCUCUCUCUCUCUCUCUCUCUCUCUCUCUCUCUCUCU